ACGGAACCAGCUGGAAAGGGGUUUGCUAUCCCCCAGGAGAAUUACGGACACAGAUAGGGAUAAGGGCGCUCCCCGAGGGCUAUUCCACGAUAGCACAUUCCAUCCGUCGCCAGCCACCACCGAGACAAAGUGGCGAACUUUGGCGGAAGCAGUGGCAGCAGCAGUGGAAAGAUGCGCCGUUCGCAGGGCUACAACUACCAGCCCUUGCCCCAGCAGCCGCCGCCCGGGACCAGUGGGCAGGCCAGUGGCGAUGCACUCGAGGAGGAAAACGAACGGAUGGCCGAGGAGCUGAAGGGCAAAAUCGGUGCCCUCAAAUCGCUGACGAUCGACAUUGGAAACGAGGUACGCUACCAAGAUCGGUUGCUGCGUGGCAUGGACGAAGACAUGGACCGGACCGGGGGCUUCAUGUCCAACACGAUCAAUCGGGUGGUGCGGCUGGGGAAAGGCAGUCACCGUAACUACAUGUGCUACAUGUUUCUGUUCGUACUGGCCGUGUUCUUCGUGCUGUAUCUCAUCCUAAAACUGCGAUAAUAGUGAAUUCCAGACUAGCUAACCACCCCAUAAUCGUCCCCGUUAUGUAUAAACACCCCACUUUUUGAGUAUGUGUACCCCCGCGGAGUGUCCUUUGCCAAUCGUGCUCGGUAUUAAAGUUUUAAAAAAUGUG